AGCUCCAGAAUGUCUUAUGGAUCGAUUGAUGGUGGCUCCUUCGUUGGCAGAAAUCCUUUUGGUGGUCCCAAGAGACAGGGCUACCAGCCAGUAGCUACCCAGGUCAGCGCCUCAGAAUUACAAGAUGUGUUCCAGGAAACCUCGUCCAACAUUUUUCAGAUCAAUGCUAAUGUGGUUACAUUAGAGAAAAGUCUUCAGUCAUUGGGGACAUCGAGAGACACAGCUGAGCUACGCCAGAGUUUACACACCUUACAACAGCAGACCAAUAAAGUCAUUACAAGCACAAGCCAACUCAUCAAACAGCUCUCUGACAUCAUCAGCGGCUCCUCUCGGCAAGACAGGCUGCGUCUGACAAGGCUGAAGACAGAGCUGUCCGAGUCAGUACAGCGUUAUGGUGACCUGCAAAAGAAAAUUGCUGACCGUUCAAGAGCUUUGCUUUCUCCAACACAAAAAGAGAGGAAACAGAGCGCACAGACACCGUUGGGCGAGCUGUGUGAUGAAGGUCCGUUGGCUAGUCCAGCAGACGCUGCGGACGGAGAUGAACAGCAAGCAUUUUUAUCAGAGAUCAGCGAGGAAGAUGUGGAGGUUCUGCGCCAAAGAGAAGAAGCUCUGCUGCAGAUAGAGAGAGAUAUGCUGGACGUGAAUCAGAUCAUGAAGGACUUGGCCAGCAUGGUGCAUGAACAAGGGGACACAAUAGACAGCAUCGAGGACUACAUUCAGACCACCUCCUCACAUGUGGAGUCAGCAAACCAGGAGCUUGCAAAGGCCAGUCAGCAUCAGGCAGUUAAGGAAGAGGAAAUGCUAUCUACUAAUGGCUGCAGCACUCAUUCUGACUCUACUCAUCCUCAUCAUUGCUUUGUCAGCCAAAAAGUGAGCCUCAGCCCCUGGAUCCCAGAUCUACUGUGACCUUUCUUCGUCCUUCCUCAGGCUGUCCUGUGUUUCAUCUUAAUGUUUCUUCUGGUUUUGCUUCUGUGCUUCCUCUUUUGUGUAAAAAAAACUGUGAUUAAGAGCGAAUUUAUUAUAGGAUUUAAUAGUUAUUUUAAU